AAAACACAACACGAGCCAUGACAAAUAUUUACCUGGAGGUUUUGAAUGAUUAACCAGGCAUCGGCUGGUCGUGCACAUUCAGCCAGAACACAAUAACAUGUUAAUGCUUAUUUCUAUGUGAUCUUGCCAAUCAAAUUGUUUGCAUAAACAUUCGCCUAUUAACAAUCAAAUGGACAAGUCGAGCAUUAAAUAUUUAUGGCUAAUACCCUUGUGUAUAUGCCUGCUAAAUGUCGGCCAUGCAAAUGCAAUCUUUAUUAAAUUCACAAACAUUACCUGCGAGAGCAAAUAUACAAAUUUGGCCAGCGUGGAAUACUGCUACAUCGGGCAUGUGGACCAACUGACAAACUAUAUGAGUCUGCGCUACAAGAUCUUCGAGCCGAUCAAAAAACAGCUUUUCUUCCAUUUCAGGUUGAUGGUCAGAAGGAAUGGCUGGACGCCAUAUCUGUACGCAUCGGACAUAGAUAUGUGUCGUUUCUGGAAAUCGCGCUAUAAUGCCCUGGCCAAGCUCCUGUUGGGAUUUUUGGAUGGACGCACAAACAUGAAUCACAGCUGCCCCUAUAAUGAGAACUACAUCUAUAUUGAUAAGGUCAUGAAUACGGAUAUAUCGAAGAGGCUGCCGGCUCUGCCGCUGAGCAAAGGGCAUUACGCGCUUUUCACCAGAUGGUCAUGGAUGAAUGUGACACGCACGUUGUCGAAUAUCUACAUUGAGGUUACAAAUGAUUAGCCAAUUGUUUAUAUGUAUA